AUAUACACACUUUUCAUUAUAUUCUUUUAAACAUAAAAAAAAAAAGAAAAAAAAAAAAAACUUUAAUUAAUUUUCACCUCAUACAUAUUAGUUACCAAGUAAUGUAUAUAUUCUGUAAAUUAAGAUGAAAUAUAUGAGUGGAGGUAUAAGGCAAUUAUAAAAACCCUGGUACACUACCUAACCCUAUUUUUCCUUUUCUAGUGCUUCCUUUUCAGCUCCUCCAUACCCUUUCUCCAAAAACAAAGCCUUCCUUGUUCUUUCAUCAUCACCAUCAUCAAUAUCCCCAUACUUAUUCAUGCUCUCUUCUCUCUUCAUGUCUUAAUCUCACAAGAUUUGGACAAAGCCAAAGCCAAAGCCAAAGCCGAACAUAUAUAUAUAGUCUGAAGAUAGUAAAAGUGGAUCGGAGACAUGGGAAGCGGCCACUUCCUUCAGAAGCAUCAGAGGAGAAAGAAAAAGAGUCGUAUGAGUAUGGAUAUGAUGCUGCAGCUAAUUACUUCGAACCCUCUUCUUGUACUUGGCCAUCUCAACAAGAAGCUGAUGAACAUAAUAAUUACUUAUUAUCAUCAUCCACAAUGGCCCUUUCUGAUUACACCACAUCCCACCAACCUUAUAAUUACUCGGUGCAAUCUACUACUACAACAACAACUCAAUCUGCAGAUGUUGUAAAACAAGAAAUAGUACCUGACCAAUCGUCUCAUCAACUAUCCCCUCAAGGUACCAAAACUUCAUAUAGUAAUUAACUAGCUAGUAUAUAUACUCUAAUACCUAUGAUUGUAGUGUUACCAUAUGUUAAUUUUUCACUAAUAAGUGAUAUAUAAUAUAUAUGAUGUGGAUCGAUCUACUAUUCAUGAAUCUUGAUCUCUUAAUUAAUGGAAAAUUAUUGAAGUAUUAGCUUUAAUAAUCCAAUAUAUAGUAUACAUUUAUUUUGAAACACUCUUUGUGUGCGGGGUCAAUGUGUUAAUUUGUUUAUAUUGCACAUGUGUUUACAUUAUAUCUUAUUAUUAGACAAGUUCAAUGUAUCUAUAAUUGGCUUUCCGUAAAGACCUCUCUCUCUAGUUAGCUAUACUCUCUAUAUAUAUUUAUAUGUAAAUAUCUAUAUAUAAAGUACUAGAUACUCUCACAGCUAAUAAUGUUUUUUCCCCAAUUUUUUCGAGAUAAAACAAAGAUUGUGUGUGUUUACAUGUUAUGGGGUUGCACUACUGGUUUUGGACCGUUUAUAUCUAUCUUAAGACAUAAAAAUAUAUAAAUAUCUUAUGGAUAAACAUUGGUGUGAAUGUAACAUUUUUCCAAUUACUAGAUUUUUAAGACAUAUGUUUGUACUUUUAACUAGUCACAACAUCAAUUCAGAGAAUAAAGGGUUCACUUAGCUUCCGUGAGUUUCCAUCUAACUUGCAAUCCUUUCUUUCUUUCUUUCUUUCUCUUUUCUGCGACUUUGACAAAUAUUAUUGGCCUUAUCUUUUGCUUUCAGUAUAUUAUAUAUAUAUAUAUAUAUAUAUUUCUCUAUAUAUAUAUAUACAUAUACACAAGUACACGCUUGCCUAAUUUCCAAUCAAUAAUAUAUUAACAUAUUCAAUGUUGAAAAUGACCCCUCCCCUUUGCUUGAUUAUAUGUCUUCUUUCCACACAACGUUUCUUUUCAUUAUAAUAACUUCAUGUGCUGUGAUCGAGUAUAUAUGUAUUCUGAGUAUGACAAACAAAGAGUUAUUCCUAGCUAUAGAGUAGUAACUAUAUUUAUAAUGUGUUAUUUAUAUAUAUAUAUAUAUUUAUAUAAAGAGAGCUAUAUAACUGCAUGCUUACCUGGGCAUAUAUAAAUAUAUAUAUAUAUAUAUAUAUAUGUGUGUACUUGGAAGAAUGUUUGAGUUUUUAUUAUUGGAUGGUUAUAGGGGGGCCAAGGAAUCUGUGGCCCUCUGGCCCAGAAGAGACAAUUAAUUAAUCAAUAUAUGUGUGUUUUUUUUCUUUAAUUGGAAAGUUGGGACCGAGUUAGGCAUUAAUGAUAAGUUGUAUGCUAAUUAAAUAUCACUUCGAUGGAUGGAUCUUAUUGAUUUAAUAUAUAUCUUAACCUUAUUAUAUGGGGGCGCCGACACCCCACUUCAUGAUGAUAUUCCCUCUACAAUCAAUGAAAAAUGCAGUGAGGAGAAGACACUACCGAGGAGUGAGACAAAGGCCGUGGGGGAAAUGGGCAGCGGAAAUACGAGAUCCAAAAAAGGCAGCCAGAGUUUGGCUGGGCACUUUCGACACUGCUGAGGACGCUGCCCUUGCUUACGACAAAGCAGCUCUCAAAUUCAAAGGCACCAAAGCUAAGCUUAACUUCCCUGAAAGAGUUUCUCAAACUCAAACCAAUAUAAAUAAUAGUAAUGAUGACAACAUGAUCAAUAUCAACAAGCACCAGCCAGAACAACACAGCCAUUCGGCUUAUCUUAGUGGCGACGCUUACGUGGUACGGCCGCCACCACAACAUGAUCAUGAAUAUCAGGCAGCUGGUUCAGUAAUGCCGCCGCCGCCAUCUUCGGAAGCUGCUUUUGGGCGAGACUUGUACCACUAUGCACAACUUCUUUCUAGCAAUGAUGUUGAUUUCGAUUACCACUCUUCAAGCCUUUUUAAUCAACCAAUUCAUCCUCCACCACCUAUUCCCUACUACUACUCAUCAUCAUCUUCUUCUUCAUCAUCAUCAUUUUUGUCCACUUCUUCUUCCUCCUCCUCGUUCGACCACCAACCAAAACAGCUCCCGCCGGAAGAUCACCAUCGCAAAGACUUUGACAGCUAGCUAGCUUCGUUUGUCCAGUCUAGUACCGGUCCAGAUAUACAUAUAUAUAUAUAUAUAUAUAUUUAUAUAAAUUUAUAAUAUCUUAUGUUAUCUUUACGUAGUUUGAAGCUGGUAUGAUGGUGUCAUCAUCUUUCUUUUGAGCAAUUGUUUAAACCAUCAACAAAUUUAUUGUUGCGUUAUAUAUCAUUAUUUUUAUAUAUGUGUGUUUUGUUA